AUGUUUCGUAUCUUUCAAGCCGGAAAAUCGGUUGCCUCUUACAACAAAGUGCAAUUCAGAAAUGGAUUGCGCCAUUUCACCAACCAGCAAAACUACGACGCCAUUGUUCUUGGUGCUUACACAGACGAAUUAGCUCUAGCCAACACCAGCGACCACAUCUCACAGUCCACGCGUAACUCCAUUCUCGAACAACUCUCUGCAUCUAAUUUCUCGAAAGCUGACGAUCUACGCAUGUUAUAUAAUGUUGGUGGUAUCAGCCAGGUAGCUGUUGUAUCCCUCGGCGACAAAAAAUCAAACCAGAAUCAAGCUGCUGUUUUGGAAACCGCGCGACGUGCUGCAGGUUUGGGUGUUCAAGCAUUAAAGAAGCAAAAAGCAACAAAUGUAGGCGUAGACGUAUCUAUUCAUGCACAUGGUGCUGCUGAAGGUGCUGUCCUUGCCCAGUUUGAAUUCUCCAAAUUAAAAAAAGGCAAAGAUCAAGAACCUUUUCUAAGUGUUGGACCUUUUGGAGGAUUGGAUGAAGCCAGUGUCAACGGUGGACUGAAUUGGGAAACUGGACAGAUUUAUGGCGUGUCGCAAAACCUUGCACGUAUGCUGAUGACAACCCCGGCCAAUUUGAUGACGCCCAAAACGUUUUCCGAAGAAGUGGCAUACCUUCUCGCUGGAUUAGAGAAUAUCGAUAUUGCUGUACACGACAAGGAGUGGGCAGUAAGGCAAAAGAUGAAUUCAUUCCUAUCGGUUGCUCAGGGAAGUGAUGAACCCUUGCGGUUCCUGGAAAUCCACUAUAAAGGAGCUAGCGAAUCGGAUCCAGUGUAUGGUCUAGUUGGAAAAGGUGUUACAUUUGACUCUGGAGGAAUUUCGCUAAAGCCGUCAGCAAAUAUGGCAUUAAUGAAGGGCGAUAUGGGCGGUGCAGCAACAGUUUGCUCGGCCAUGUAUGGUAUCUCCAAAUUAAAACUACCGGUCAAUGUCGUGGCUGUCACGCCCUUGGCAGAAAACCUUCCAUCGGGUAGAGCGACCAAGCCAGGCGAUGUCGUUAGGGCAAUGAACGGCAAGUCGAUUGAAGUUAUCAAUACCGACGCGGAGGGCAGACUUAUUCUGGCGGAUGCAUUGUACUAUCUAAGCUCGAAAUAUUCAUUGAAAAGUAUCAUUGAUGUGGCCACAUUAACUGGAGCAUGCGAUGUGGCUCUUGGCCAAGUCUUUGCGGGCGUGUUCACCAAUUCGGAUGAGCUAUGGACCCAAUUAAAUAUUGCGGCCCAAAUGACCUCCGACCCGUUUUGGCGCAUGCCUUUACAUGAUGACUAUCUCAAAGCGAUGAAGGAGUCUGCGGUAGCAGACUUGGUCAAUUCGGCCGGGCGUUCUGGAGGUGCCGUCACAGCAGCAAUGUUCUUGAAGGAGUUUUUGGCGGAUAAAGAGCAACCAUGGGCUCAUAUUGAUAUUGCGGGAGUUAUGGAUUGUUCUAGCACCGAAGGAUACCACGUCAAAGGCAUGACCGGUCGACCCACGCGCUCUCUUAUAGAAUAUCUCAGAGGUCAUACAAAAUAA